AGCAGCAAUCGCACAAUGCUGCUGCUUUGGCUGCUUAGCGUCAGUUCGCUGCUGCUGCUGCCGGCGCGCGGUUUAACAGAGAAUGCAACGCUGGCAGCGACAGCGACGCUCGGCGCAGCCGAUGCCAAUUUUGUUCCUGGCUUUGUUUUAAGCAGCAGCACAGCAGCGCCACCGCAGCAGCCACCGCCAGCGCCGCCGUCGCUGCCCAAUGACUUGGAUAAUUUGAAUGCCAGCAAUGAUUCUAGCUAUGAGCAGCUCGUUAACGUCGCCACAGCUGCAACUGCAACAGCCAGCACAGCAACAACAACGAGCACGGCAACGGCCACAGCCACAUUGGAGCAGCAGCAACAGCAGCAGGAGACCACCUCUGCCGCAGCGCCGCCUGCCAGCAGCGUCAGCAAUGGAACAACAACAACAACAACGUCGUCAUCGUCGUCGUCAACGCUUAGCACGCCCCAUGAGAACUUCGGCUCGGCGAGCCCCACCAAGGGCGAGCAGGAGGCCAUCUUGCGCGCCUUGGAUUGGCUGAAGGAGAAGCGUGCCGCUGACUUUGGCUGGGGCAACGAUACCCAUGUCGUCAUCUUGGCCAAGGAGCUGUCCGGUGGGCGUGAUCCGAACGACAGCGCCGAUGCGCACAUGCAGGUCAUACAGGAGCUGGAGGAUACGCUGUCCGUUAAGGAGAUGGAGAUUGAAAUUCUGGCCAUGCUGGAUCGCCAUCACACGCUGCCCAAGCCGCUCAAUCUGGACAAGUUGGCGCGCUAUGUCCUAGCGCUUGGCUCGCUCUGCAAGGAUCCGAAGCACUUUCACGGGCACGAUCUGGUGGCCACACUGCAGCACCAUGAGCCCGCCCAGGACAUUGAGUUUGCCCUGACCACGCUCUCCGCCUGCAGCUCGGCGGCGCAUGUGCGCAAGCGUCAGAUACGCCGACUGCUGGACAUUGCCAGCGGUGUGACAGACCAGAGUGUGGACGCCAUUGCGAUGGUCAUUCUGGCGCUCCGCUGCAUUGUCACCGAUCAUCGCCAUCGUCAUUUGCAGCACUUCGUGCGGCGUCCGGCUCGCGGCCUGGCCAGCCUGCAGGAUCAGCGCGGCAGCUUCGGCUCGCUGCGCAGCACAGCGCUGGCCAUGCAGGCGCUACAGGAUCUGGAAUAUGAUCCGGCCGGCCACUGGAAUCGCACGGCCGCCUCGCGUUAUAUUCUCAGUCGACAGCGCGGUGAUGGCGGCUGGAGCGAGGAGCCGCUGCAGGAUGGCCAGGAACCCGACAUUGGUGUGGGCCUCACUGCAGACAUUAUCCUAGCGCUCGGCUGGAAGGGAUUGGGCGCUGUGCGUGCCCUCCAAUGCGAUCAUGUGAUACGCGAAAGCAGCGAUCCGGCAGAGAAUGGCGAACCCAAGCUGGCGGUGCCCUUCGGCUUGAGCUCCUCGGCCGAAGAGCAAGAUGCCAGGAACAUCUCCUACACAUACACCCUGUGGGUGGGCUCCAACGUCACCGAAGCCUUCUCCCUCUCCCUCAUCUCGCCCAAGAACACCAGCUUCUUCAAGGCCAUGACACAAGCUGCCGAAAUGGAUCCAAGAUUUAUUUUUGAGGCACGUGAAUGGCCCAAUGGACACUAUGUGAACACGCUCUAUGGCAAAAAGGAGGAGCCCAGAGGCUACCACUACUGGCUGCUCUAUCGAUUGCCCGAGCUACCCGAUCCCAACAACACACCUGGGAAUCAGCUUAUUGCGCCUGUUGGUGUCGAUGAGCUAAUGGUGGAGGAUGGCGAACACUAUCUCUACUGGUAUAAGAAACUUUAAGCACUUGCAACUUUGCAUAUUGCCGGCCUUAGUCACUAAACUAAAGUUAACCCACUAAGCAGAGCCACUAGACAAGGCCAAAGCAGCUAAAACUAAAACUAAAACUACGAGUAAAACGUAAAACGACAAAAAAACUGCAAAUUGCAAACAGCAACAACUACAAACUCACACACAAACACACACACACACACAAUAGGCACAUAUACGCAUAUAUAGUCUACGUAACUUAUUAAUAAUAACAGCAUAAUCAAAACUCGACAUUAACUAAACUAUAACUAACGCAAUUGCAUUAACUAAACAGCGCAAAACUCAGACCAGAGCUGUGAAUGAACAUUUCAUUUUCAUUUCUAAUUCGAGAGCGAGCUUUUUAAAAUUCAAUCAAUCAAAAUCAAAAUCGUUUUGAACUUAAGCCUAGGAAUUGCAAAUGGGAGUUAUGAGUUCAAAAAUAUCGAGCACGAGAACAAACGUGAAAUAUCAGAAUGAGAAAAACCCAGGCAACAGAUUUUUGUAUCCAUAUCCAUUUGCAAUUUAAUUUAAAUUCAAUUUCAAUUUGUUUUUAAUCUAAAUCCAUUUCUAGUAGCGACAUAUUU